CGAAAAACGAUCACUAAAUGUUGAACAUUCUAACAUGAAACUGUUGUAUCCACUAGUUCUAGUUCUGUUUAUUGUCCUGCAACGAGUUUCCGCUUCCGAUGAUGGAAUGUGUGUUGCGAAGGAGCAGUGCUCCGAAUCGAGUGAAAACAAGCCUGAAACUAACCGCUACACAGCCGAGUUCAACGUAUAUUUCAGCAAAAUUGAGUCAGCUCUAGCCGGGUAUGUUCCGUGCAACGACACUAACUGUAACUGCCACGUAAAUGUUCUGAAAGAGGACCUGAAGCAGUUUAAAGCAACCGGAAUCACGAAGGAUAUGAUCGAACGAGCCAAACAGUACGGGACCCACUACCAAGUGGUCGACCACAAAUUGCACCGGCAACGAGAUUGCAUGUUUCCAGCAAGAUGCUCGGGUGUAGAGCAUUUCAUCAAGCCCCUGCUCUCCCAGCUACCCGAUAUGGAUCUGAUCAUAAAUUGCCGCGAUUGGCCGCAAGUUCACCGGCACUGGAGCAAAGAAAAGACCCCGGUGCUGUCGUUUAGCAAAACGGAAGAAUAUUUCGAUAUCAUGUAUCCGGCAUGGGCCUUCUGGGAGGGUGGUCCUGCCAUCGCCCUGUAUCCCACCGGCCUGGGACGCUGGGAUAAACACCGCAAAAGUAUCACGGAGGCCGCCGCCGAGCAACCGUGGGAAAAGAAACGACCCAUGGCAUUCUUCCGCGGUUCACGCACUUCCGACGAACGGGACGCACUGGUAAUGCUUUCGAGAGCCCAGCCCAAAUUGGUCGAUGCACAGUACACCAAGAACCAAGCGUGGAAAUCUCCCCAGGACACACUGAACGCUGAACCGGCGCACGAAGUAACGCUCGAAGAGCACUGCCGGUAUCGGUUUCUGUUCAACUUCCGAGGCGUCGCAGCAAGCUUUCGCUUUAAGCACCUGUUUCUCUGUCGAUCGCUGGUGUUCCACGUCGGUGACGAGUGGCAGGAAUUUUUCUAUCCCUCCCUGAAGCCAUGGGUUCACUACGUGCCAGUGCCGGUACGCAGCAGCCCGGAUGAGCUCGAAGCUUUGAUUCGCUUUUUCGAUGAGCAUGACGAGCUGGCACAGGCCAUCGCCGAAAGGGGCUAUGAGCAGGUGUCGCAACAUCUUCGCAUGGCGGAUGUCGAGUGCUACUGGAAGAAGCUGCUGAAGCGAUACGGCAAAUUGAUACGCUACGCGGUCGAGCGGGAUGUAGGGUUAAUCGAAGUAUAGUGUGAUGAUACAAGACUGAACAGAACGCACGGA